CUCAUAGUUGGAGCACCCAUCAGCAUGAAGGUUUUCGUAGUUUUGGUUCUGGCUCUGGCCUCCGCCUCCGCUGGGCUCCUGCCCAAUGUCGCCCCUGUGCAUCCCCGCGACAGGGUCUCGACCCCAUCCAUCACCGGUCGCAUCACCAACGGCAAGGACGCCGUUGCCGGCCAGUUCCCCUACCAGGUGGGACUUAGUUUCUCCAGCUCUGCUGGCAGUUGGUGGUGCGGUGGCUCCAUCAUCGGCAACGAGUGGGUGCUGACUGCUGCUCACUGUACCGACGGUGCCGCUUCCGUGACCAUCUACUACGGUGCCACUGUCCGUACUAGUCCCGAGUUCACCCAAGUCGUCAGCGCCUCGAAAUUCAGGCAGCACGAGAGCUACCUAGCUCUGACUAUCCGCAACGACAUCUCCCUGAUCCAGACUUCGUCCGUGUCCUUCUCGGCUUCCGUGAACAAGAUCAACCUGCCCGCCGUCUCCAGCAGCUACUCCACCUACGAGGGAAAGACCGCUGUUGCCUCCGGAUGGGGUCUCACCUCCGACAGCGCCAACUCCGUGGCUAGCGAUCUGCAGUACGUGGACCUUACCGUCAUCUCCAACGCCGUGUGCCAGAAUACCUUCGGAAGCCUGAUCGUGACCAGCCGGGUCCUCUGCGUUGGCACCCCCAACAAGUCCUCCACCUGCCAGGGUGAUUCCGGCGGCCCAUUGGUUCUCGAUGGUGUCCUCAUCGGUGCCACCUCCUUUGGAUCCGCUGAUGGUUGCGAGUCUGGCUUACCAGCUGCUUUCACCCGUAUCACUUACUUCCGCGAUUGGAUUAAGGCAAUUACCGGUAUCUAUGAUAGGAUGACGCAAUACCAGGCUACAAGUACUUUCUUCCUGCUACUUCUAUCAUCCACACUAGUUAAAUCAAGUGAGCCUUGGCAGUAUAGUUUUGAGCACCCCAAAGAGGAGUCUCCGGACGAUGAUGAUGCAAUAAUAGAGAGACGUUGGCAGCUUGGAUACGAGAACUUUCGACUUCGCUGCGAAAAAUUCGAGAUGGAAGGUAAUCAAACCGCUGCCGUAAGAACUCGAAUAGCUGGCGGAGAAUUGGCCACGCGCGGCAUGUUUCCCUAUCAAGUGGGUCUGGUGAUUCAGCUCAGUGGCGCAGAUCUGGUCAAGUGCGGUGGUUCCCUUAUCACUCUUCAGUUUAUUUUGACUGCAGCCCAUUGUCUAACCGACGCCAUAGCUGCAAAGAUUUACACGGGCGCCACCGUAUUUGCCGAUGUAGAAGACUCCGUGGAGGAGUUACAAGUCACGCAUAGAGAUUUUAUAAUUUAUCCUGAUUACUUGGGCUUUGGGGGAUAUAGUGACUUGGCUUUAAUACGACUGCCAAGAAAAGUGAGAACUUCAGAACAAGUGCAGCCCAUUGAGUUGGCUGGGGAGUUCAUGCAACAGAACUUUCUGGUAGGCAAAGUGGUGACCCUAUCUGGCUGGGGUUACUUGGGAGAUUCAACCGACAAACGGACGCGACUUCUACAAUACUUGGAUACGGAGGUGAUCGAUCAGGAACGCUGCAUCUGCUAUUUCCUGCUAGGAUUGGUUAGCCAGCGACGCCACCUGUGCACCGAUGGAAGCAAUGGACGUGGUGCCUGCAAUGGCGACUCCGGUGGCCCCGUGGUGUACCACUGGCACAAUGUCAGCUACCUGAUUGGGGUCACCUCGUUCGGCAGUGCCCAAGGAUGCGAGGUUCCCUUAACUGAACAAGCAACAAUUCCCAAGAUGAAGUUCCUGAUCAUCCUUGCCCUGGCUGUGGCCGCCUCCGCUUUCCCCGAGCCGGAGCUGCGUCACCGCAGCCGCGAGAUGCCCGUGGUUGGUGACAUUGAAGGUCGCAUCACCGGAGGAAGCAACGCCGCCGUCGGCCAGUUCCCCUACCAGGUGGGACUUUCCCUGAAGCUGAGUGCUCUGUCCAGCGCCUGGUGCGGUGGUUCCCUGAUCGGCAGCACCUGGGUCCUGACCGCUGCUCACUGUACCGAUGGAGUUCAGUCCGUGACCGUCUACUUGGGCGCCACCGUGCGCACCUCCGCCGAGAUCACCCACACCGUGUCCAGCUCCGACAUCAUCAUCCACUCCGGCUGGAACAGCGCUAACCUGCGCAACGACAUCUCCCUGAUCAAGAUCCCCGCCACCUCCUCCAGCAGCAGGAUCUCCGCCGUCAAGCUGCCAAGCAUCGCCAACUCCUACUCGACCUUCGUCGGUGACGUCGCUGUCGCCUCCGGAUGGGGACGCACCAGUGACGCCUCCAGUAGUGUGGCUACCAAUCUUCAGUAUGUCGACCUGACUGUGAUCACCAACUCAAAGUGCUCCCAAACCUACGGCACCUCGGUCGUUACCGACUCAACCCUCUGCGUCGCGACCGAUAACUCCAAGUCCACCUGCAACGGUGACUCCGGCGGUCCUCUGGUCCUCAAGUCGUCCAACGAGCAGAUCGGUCUGACCUCAUUCGGUGCCGCUGCCGGUUGCGAGAAGGGCUACCCCGCUGCCUUCACUCGUGUGACCAGCUACUUGGACUGGAUCAAGACUAAGACUGGUAUCUAGAAAGGAGUCAGGAACUAAAAUUUCGCUUAAAAAUAAAAAUCAUUUC